UGUCUUGAGUUUACAAUAAAAGUAACACAAUCCCAUCAUUUUCGAUCUUCAACCUCUCUUAAAACUUGGAAAUUAAUAAAUUAGCAUGAAAAACUCAAAUGAAAAAGAUGAUCUUGUUUAUGAGAUAAGAUUAUCAUCGGUAGGAUCGGCAGCAAUAACGGGGGAAAAUGUAGUUUAUAAGCCUAAUAACAUGGAUUUAGCAAUGAAACUUCAUUAUUUAAGGGUAGUUUACUUUCUUGAUAAGCAAACAAUUGAGGGAUUAAGCCCUACAAAAUUAAGGGAGGGAAUAUUUGCAUGGCUUAAUUACUAUUAUGAAUCUUGUGGAAGAUUUAGGAGAUCAGAAGAAGAUGGUGGUCGACCUUUUAUUAAGUGUAAUGAUUGUGGGAUGAGAUUUGUCGAGGCGAAAAGCUCGAAAACCCUAGAAGAAUGGAUUUUAAUGGAGGAUACUUCUUCUCAAAGGCUCCUUGUUGCUACUAAUGUUCUUGGUCCUGAGCUCAUUUUUUCUCCUCUUGUUUUUCUACAGGUUACGUCUUUAAAAUGUGGAGGAUUAGCUUUGGGCCUAAGUUGGGCCCAUGUGCUAGGAGACGCAUUUUCAGCAUCAAACUACAUGAACUGGUUAGCACUAUCCUUGAAUGGCGUGAAGCCCACUUAUCCACCCAGCCUUAAUAAAUCACCUCCUUGCAACAUCAAGCCCAAAAAGCCCAUAAAUUUAGAGCCAUCAUCCAUAAAGAAAGUGGGCCCAUUUGGUGAUCAUUGGAUCAUGCCCUUACCCUGUGAAAUGGACACAUUCUCCUUUCAUGUGAAGCCGGCCCAAUUGACCAAAUUGCAAGCAAAACUUUCUGAAAAUGAUUCCAUUUUAAGCCCAAUUCAGCCUUUUGAGUUGCUAAGUGCUGUAAUCUGGCGCGCCAUAGCAAAAAUAAGAAAUGGGUCAGAGCCCAAUACAGUGACCGUCAUUAAGAAAGACGCUGCAAGCCCAAUAGAGGAUGCUAUGGCUCUAAGGAACAACCAAUUUGUGGGCUCAAUUAAAGCGGCUUUUUCAGUAGCGGAGGCCCAUAUCGAAGAGCUUGCAGCCCUGAUCCAUGAUGUAUCCGACAGCGAGAAGGACCAAAUUGAAGAGAUGGUAGGCCGAGACCCGGGAGGAUCCGAUUAUAUCAUAUACGGAUCGAAUUUAACAUUCGUGAACAUGGAAGAAGCCGACUUUUAUGGGUUCGAAUUGAAGGGGUUAGCACCAAGAUUUGUGAAUUGUUUCGUGGAUGGGAUUGGUAAGGAAGGGGUCGUUUUGGUUAUCCCAAGCCCAAAAGAUGAUAAAAGCAAUGCAAAAACAAUGGAUGGAGGAAGAAUUGUGACGCUAAUUUUGCCAAAGGAAUGCAUGGUAGAGCUCAAGGAGGAAUUGAAGGAAUAUGGUUUAUAAUUAUACAAAGUAUGUUUUAUUAGGUGUUUUUAAAAAAUAAAUAAAUUAAAUUGCGGUUUGAAUAUGCAUUUUGUCAUUGUGUUGUUUUUUCAAGGGGUUUUCAUGUUAUAAAGGACAUGUAAUUUACGAAACAAUUUCCAAAUAAGCAUGUACCCGAUACCACAUACUAUAUUUAUGUCUUUAAAAUAUUACAUUUGCAAUCGACGUGUAAAUGUAUGUGUUUUUAAUUUUGCAAUGCUUUGCAUUUGACAUGUAACAAUGUUUAACAUCA